AUGCGCGCCUCGACGUCGACGCGGGCGACGACCGCGUCGUCGACGAGACGCGUCGCGCCUCGACGGCGCGUCGCGCGCGAACGCGCUCGAGCGAAAGAGGCAUCGCGCGUGACGCAUCGAUUACAUCGAUUACGUCCGAACGAAAAGCGCCCCUUUCCGACGCUCAGCGCGUCGCCAAAGGACGUCCUGGACGUCCCGCCGGUUGAUGAUGACGAAGACACGGUUUUUGGCUUACCCCGGGACACGUACGAACCGUUACGGACCCUUUUGGCGUCGCAGUUCGUGUUGUACCUCGGCGUCGGCGCGUUGCUCCCGGCGCUGCCGCUCUACGCGCAGGCGAUCGGAUUGUCGAGCGGGGCGAACGGGUUGGUGAUCUCCGCGCCCGCGGCGGCGAUGCUGGCUUUAAAUCUACCGCUCGGACAGGCGGCGGAUCGAUACGGGCGAAAACCGUUGAUGAUUGGUGGGAUGGCGGUGAUGGCGCUCGCGGACGUCGCCACCGCGCGGGCGACGAGCGUGGCGUCGCUGGUACCGGCGAGGGUUAUUCUGGGGGUGGGUAGGUGCGGAUGCGAGUGCGGGGACAGGGCAUUCUUGGCGGAUUUGUGCGCUCGAGUGCCGGAAAAAAGGGGGUUGAUCGUGGCGACGCAGAGCACGGUGCACGCGAUCGGGUUGGUUGUCGGACCGCUCUUGGGCGGGCGGUUGAUGGAGGCGUACGGGGCGCCGGCGGCUUUUUAUUACGUCGCGGCGGCGGCGUUAGGGACGGGUAUCGGGUACUGUUUUCUUCCGGAGACGCUCACGGAAGAGACGAGACAGGAGGCGGAGUUGAAGGCGAGCAUGGACGAUGGCGACGGAGGGUUCAUGGACGUCCUCAGGAGUUUCGGCGCGUCGAGAGACGAGGACGAGUCGCCGGCGGAAGAGUUGCUCAAGCCGGCCGAAAUCGCGGGCGCGGCGGUGUUGGAGAAGCAAAAAUCAAAAGCUUCUUGGUCAGAGCUCUUAAAAACGGCCGAUCAGCGCGUGUUACUCGUGUGCGCGUCGGCGAACUCGCUCGGGUUCGUCGCCAAGCUCACGGUGAUCCCGCUCUACGCCAGCGGCCACCUCGGGGCGUCGCCCGCCGAGGUCGGUAAUUUAUUCUCCGUCACCGCUCUUCUCGGUUUAGUCACGGCUCCGUUGAGCGGUUUAGCGGCAGACAAGUUCGGGAAGAAGAUCGUCGCCGGCACCGCGCUGGCGACGUGCGCCGCCGGGCUCUUCUUCGGAUCUCAGAGCGCGACGCAAUCCGAGCUCAUGCUCUUCAUCGGGUGCUGGGGCGUGGGCGUCGCCGCCGCCGGCCCCGCGAUCAACGCCCUCGCCCAAGAGCUCGCUCCCAAGGGCGGCGAGGGCGAAGCGCUGACCCUUCCCAAGUCCGCCGCCGAUCUCGUCUUUCUCAUCGGUCCCGUCGCCUUGGGUUUCGCCGACCAAGUCGUCGGCUCGGACCGCGCCGGCAUGGUUCUCUGCGCCCUCUCCGCCGCCGUCGCCGCGGCGUCUUGUUUUUUCCUCCCCACCUCCGACGACCCGCGAGCCGUCUAG